UCACAUCCGGGUUAUUUUCUGCUCCCGCUGAAGUUCGCAGUUUCCCUUGCUAUGCCGGCUACAGUGUUCAAAUAAACACUCACGGACCUUUAACUCUCAAGGACAUUACCUCAACUUGUGCAGCUUAACUGCCGUCGUGUACCAGUGAGAAUUAAAACAAUGUUUUCUUUGUCCAUGACUGUCCAACCACAGGUGACUGUCCCUCUGAGCCACCUCAUCAAUGUCCUCCACUCUAUGAAGAGCUCAGUGGGAAGCAGCAGCAGCAGCAGUGCCACCUGCAAGUCAAGAAAACACAAAGAUCAUGCCUCAGACUCACAACUACACCGCACAGAGCCCAUGUUGAACCUGCGUGAGCUUGGCUUGUCAGACCUGGGAGCACAGCAGCUGGAUGAGCUGGUGAACAGUGUGUUACCGCGCUUGAGUCCACAGGAGAAGCCACUUCGAUCUGUUGGACAGACAGCCUGGAGGACCUCACAUCUUUCCACACACUCCUUUUACUACAAUAAGCAUGGCUUCUCCAGUGGUGCAAUGCCCAUGUCCUAUUCCAGGCAGCAUCCCUCGCCUCUUCAGUUUGUGUGCACAGAGCUUCAUCACUGGCCCGUGUGGGUCUCAAACAGAGGCUUUAAAACUUUAAAGAGCAGAACCAGACGACUGCAGUCAGCCUCCGACCGCUCCCUGGACUCCGAAGGAUUCACACCGUCUUUUAUGAAGGGUUUCCUAACACGUGACAAGGGGAUAGAAGUUGAAAACCUAGAAAGUCUGGUUAAGAACAAGAACGUACCCGAUGGGCAGCAGGACGCCUUCAAGAGCGGCUUCGCUGAGGGUUUCCUGAAAGCCCAAGCCUUAACACAACGCACACAAGACUCUCUCAGGAGGACUCGUCUCAUCCUGCUGGUGCUGCUUCUUGUUGGGAUCUAUGGUAUCUCCAAGACCCCCUUCAUAUCGGUACGGUUCCGGACCACAUCAGGCCUGGACUCUGCAGUGGACCCUGUGCAGAUGAAAAAUGUGACAUUUGAGCACGUCAAAGGGGUGGAAGAAGCUAAGAACGAGCUGCAGGAAGUAGUGGAGUUCCUGAAAAACCCAGAGAAGUUCACAGUCCUGGGAGGAAAGCUGCCAAAAGGUGUUCUACUGGUUGGUCCUCCAGGGACUGGGAAGACUCUACUGGCCAGAGCGGUGGCAGGAGAGGCAGAUGUACCGUUCUACUACGCCUCCGGGUCCGAAUUUGAUGAGAUGUUUGUUGGAGUGGGAGCCAGUCGCAUCCGGAACCUUUUCAGGGAGGCUAAAGCCAAUGCUCCCUGUGUGAUCUUCAUUGAUGAACUAGACAGUGUGGGUGGGAAAAGGAUUGAGUCUCCCAUGCACCCUUACUCCAGACAGACUAUCAACCAACUACUUGCAGAGAUGGAUGGGUUUAAACCAAAUGAAGGCGUGAUCAUCAUCGGAGCAACCAACUUCCCAGAAGCUUUGGAUAAUGCCCUGAUCCGCCCAGGACGUUUUGACAUGCAGGUGACUGUCCCCAAACCAGACGUGAAAGGACGCACAGAGAUCCUCAACUGGUAUCUGAAGAAGAUUAAAGUGGAUCCAGCUAUUGAGGCCAAUAUCAUUGCCCGGGGCACGGUGGGCUUCUCUGGCGCUGACCUGGAAAAUCUGGUCAACCAGGCUGCCCUGAAGGCAGCAGUUGAUGGCAAAGACAUGGUCAGCCUGAAGGAGCUGGAGUUUGCUAAGGACAAAAUCCUCAUGGGCCCUGAGAGAAGAAGUGCCGAAAUAGACAAGAAAAACAAGCUCAUCACAGCGUACCAUGAAUCAGGCCAUGCGAUCGUGGCUUACUACACCAAAGACGCCAUGCCGAUUAACAAGGCUACCAUCAUGCCCAGAGGGCCCAGUCUGGGACAUGUGUCCAUGCUCCCGGACGACGAUCGCUGGAGUGAGACUCGCUCUCAGCUGCUGGCCCAGAUGGACGUCAGUAUGGGCGGCCGUGUAGCAGAGGAGAUUAUAUUUGGCCAUGAGUACAUAACAACCGGUGCAUCAAGCGACUUUGAUAGUGCCACAAAGAUUGCUAAAAUGAUGGUGACCAGAUUUGGAAUGUGUGAAAAGUUGGGUGUGAUGACCUAUACUGACAUGACAGCCCAGAGCCCGGAGACACAAGCCGCUGUGGAGCAUGAAGUCAGAGUAUUAUUGAAGGAGUCUUAUGAGCGAGCCAAAGCCCUGCUGAAGUCUCGUACCAAAGAGCACAAAAACCUGGCAGACGCUCUGCUCAUGUACGAGACACUGGAUGCCAAAGAGAUCAAGCUGGUCCUGGAGGGGAAGGCCCUGGAGACCAGAUGAAACUUGAGAGGACCGCAACAAUCAGCGGGUAGCAACAGGGGGACGGGGUCAGAUUUGUAGAGCUCAGGGGUCAUGGAAGGAGGGAUGGACUCAAUUCAUGAGCAGUGAAUCAGAGAAGUCAUGGUCUGGAUUCUUUAAAUCUCUUGAUAAGCACUCAUGUGGGACAUUGUCACAUCCUCACGCUGUCACCUUCAUGUAAUCUCCCAAUAUUCCCAGAUAGGUAGUUCUGUCAUGUGCCACUUAAACAUGGCUUUCCUGUGUCAGAGGUUAACAGGUUAAAUGUUAAGGAUGUUGCUCAGGUCGAUUAAUCAGUUGCUGGGAGGAAAUAAUACAUGAAUGUAAUUAUGAACCUCAAGGGAAAAGCCAUGGUAAUUGUUGUAAAAGGAGUUGAAAUUUUUUUAGAAAAAGUUUUAGAUUCCUAUUCUGUAGAUGGGAAAUGCGGAUCUUUAGCCCGUAGAGCUACUGUGAAAUUGUGAUAGGACUUUAGCAAAAUCUCAAAUCCAAUUUGUCACUUAUCUACCAGGGUUUUUGCUCAUAUUGUAUUUGUCUGAGUAUAUCUUCAAGGUCAGGCGACACUCUCUACUUCUAGCUUGCGUGUCUCUUAAUUUAGCACCAAGAAGUGUCACAAUGGCGUGCUGCUCUUUGUCUUUCCAUCCGAUUCCAUGUUUCUGGGAUGAUUGGAGAAUCAUGUAUAUGAUGUAUGUACACUCGCCUGUCCCCCUCUGCAUAUGUCCCUGUUAUUUAGUUGAAAUGGUGGCCUUUUGGGGAAUGUAAUGUUAAGUGGGGGGGGGGUCCUUUUGAAGGAGGAAGUAUAUAGAGUUGAACUCAGCACUUUGUGUAUGUAGGUGUAUAAAUUGAAAGUGCACUUGUGCUCUCUUCAUGUAAUUUAUUGCAUUUAUGCUGCGUGUACAGAUUACUGAAGCUCAGCCUCAAAAAGCAUGCAACAAAUACAAGCUGUGUUUAUAUCUAGUGAUAGAGCAUUGGGAUCUUUAGGAUUUUAAAAUUGCAGUGUUGGCCUAAUUUAUUUAAGUAGUACGAGUUUGGUUUGCGAAAAGCCUCAUCAAAAUAUCAGUGUUUUCUUGUAAAUCCAAAUAAGUUUGUCAAAGGCUCAAAUCUUUAGAUUACUGAUACAAACAACGAGGCCAGUUAUCAGUUAAAUGUUCGUGGUGUCUCCUUUUGCAUUGUAUCGUAUACUUUUCUCACACUUAGCUUUCUGUUUCAACACAUUUUGUGCAGUGGAAGAAAAAAGCCAAUCUUCAAUGCCUACUGGCCCUGCUUAAACUGUGACAAGUCUAAUUGUAAAGUGAAAUUCUUGACUCUUAAUAUGACAUUUCUUCAGCACAGAUUGUGGGUAGAAACAUUCAGAGUUAUGCCUCUUAAAUUUUUAAGUGACUAGUUGCAGCAGUUUAUGUUAUCCAUAUUUUAGCAUCCUGAACAUUUAAUUGAACGUAUAACUCAUGUCAAGAUUACCACCAGCAUAUGUACUUCAUGUUGUUACCCUUAUCAGUUUAUUGCUUUAAAGUGAUACACUAUUUCUUCAGUUUAUUGGCCUUUUAUCCAUGUUUAGCUGUAUAUAUGAUUGGGAUGUAAUGGGAACAUUGUAUAUAGAUGUAUAGUGAUGCUUUUAUGCUGAGAACACAUUGAAUGGCUCUCUGCUGUUGAUUGACAAAAUCUCUCAACAGUGCGAUGGAUGUGGUUAAUGAAUGUUUGUGCAGCUAGGAUAAAUAAAAAGC